GCGAUAUAUUCGGCUUAGUUCCAGGAGAGCAAGUUUAUUUAUGUAUGUAUCUUUUUAAAAAUAAUUAAAAGAUCAACAUCUGGAGUGGGAGAGGUUCGGCGGUGAGAGGGUCCGGGUCGAAGGUUUAUGUUUUCAUUGAUCAUUCCCAUGCUUUUUGUAACCGCUGGUUUAUUGUUUGCCCUCAUCGUUAUUUUGCUAUACAUACGAUUCUGGAUCUGUCCAAAGAAGAAAAUAGCACAAAUUCCAGGAAAUUAUGUCAAGAAGUCUUUGGUGGUGGCAUUCUUUCACCCUUACUGCAAUGCUGGGGGUGGAGGAGAAAGGGUGCUCUGGUGUGCAAUAAGAUCAUUGCAGGAGAGAUACAGCAAUAUUAAAAUUAUCAUUUACACUGGAGAUCAUGAUGUCACAGAUCAAGAAAUACUCGCUGGAGCAUACAGACGAUUCAAUAUCAAACUACCCCAAUCUGUUCAGUUCAUUUUCCUUGAAAAGCGUUAUCUUGUGGAGGCUAAGCUUUAUCCAUACUUUACAUUGCUAGGUCAAAGUCUGGGAUCUGUUUUGCUUGGAUGGGAGGCCCUUAUGAAGUGUGUUCCUGAUAUUUUUAUAGAUUCCAUGGGCUAUGCAUAUGUGCUUCCUCUCUUCAAGUACUUAGGCGGCUGCCAAGUAGGGUGCUAUGUUCACUAUCCUACUAUUAGCACGGACAUGCUCUCUGUGGUGAAAGACAGGAACCCAAGCUUCAACAAUGCAGCUUUUAUAUCGAACAAUCCUAUACUGAGCAAUCUCAAAAUUGUGUACUACUACAUUUUUGCUUGGCUAUAUGGAUUGGUUGGUUCUUGCAGUGACGUUAUAAUGGUAAAUUCCACGUGGACUCUGAAUCAUAUUCUUGCUCUUUGGAAAGCAGGUGAUCGAACCCAUGUUGUCUGUCCACCUUGUGAUGUUCAGACAUUCUUGGAUAUUCCGUUAGAAGAUGACAGUAAAAAGACAGAACAUUCCAUUGUUUCAAUUGCGCAGUUUCGGCCAGAGAAGGACCACGCUCUACAAAUUAAAGCUUUCUAUCGGUUUCUUCAGAAGUAUCCUCAGAAACGUGCUGUGAAACUAAUACUGAUUGGAGGUUGCCGUAACGCUGAGGAUGAAGAGCGAGUAUCUUGCCUAAAAGAACUCUGUGAGAAUCUUGGAGUAAAAGAGAACGUUGAGUUUAAGAUUAACAUUUCAUUUGAAGAACUUAAAAAAUAUCUGUCUGAAGCUACUAUUGGUCUACAUACCAUGUGGAAUGAACAUUUUGGUAUAGGUGUCGUGGAAUGCAUGGCAGCAGGAACUGUUAUUCUGGCCCAUGACUCAGGUGGUCCCAAGCUUGACAUUGUGGUACCUUAUGAUGGAGGCAAAACGGGUUUCCUGGCAGACAGUGAAGAAAGUUAUGCUGAUGCUAUAAAUACCAUUCUAGCACUGUCACCUGAAAAGAGGAUGGAGAUUAGAAAGAAUGCACGCCAGUCUGUGAGCAGAUUCUCUGACCAUGAGUUUGAAAUAUCAUUUAUAUCUGCUUUGGAACUUUUUUUUAGCCCAAGAUAAUUAUUGAAUGUGUAUAAAUAAUGGCUCCCAGCUAAGCUAAUUAUUAAACAAUGUCUGUAAAUAAUAACUCUCUACACCCUAAGGGAGGAGAAGAAAAACAAUGCACAAUAUUGCAGUAGUUUGUAUA